AUGUCUGGAGGCGGCAGUGGCGACGCCACUCUUUUCGAAGAAGGCUUUACCGUCACCGCGUACGACCAGAAAAAAUAUGACCGCGUCGCACGCAUCUCGUGCACAUCCCUCGACAACCAGACCCUGAUUGAACUGGACAUCAACAUCGAGCUGUUCCCUUGUAGCCAAGGAGACACGCUGCACGUUGUCCUCACCACCACAUUAUCACCAGACGGCAGCAAGGAGGACGACAAGGGCUGGCGGGACGUUGGCAAAUCCGGCGAUGCGCCUGCUACCCUGGCCGACCUCUACGACUACGUGUGCUACGGAAAGAUUUACAAGUUUGAGGAGACAUUUGAUGGCAACACCAUCAACGCUUAUGUCUCCUUUGGCGGAUUGCUCAUGGCACUCAAGGGCCCGGUUAAGAAGCUAACACCACUGCGAGUUGACAACGUCUACCUGCUGAUCAAGCGGUAG